AUGGACGCCAAGGCCCUCGCUCUGCUCUUCAGGUCGCCAGUGACGGACGAGAUGCUACAGUUUCUGACGCGGGCCACGCUGCGCGUGGCGCCGUGCGGGCGCGAUGCGCAGUGCGCGUCGCCGCCAAUGUCCGGCGGCGCGCGCCGGACGCUGCCCAGCAUCCACAUGUUCAUCACGCGACUGGUGCGCUACACAAACGUGUACACCGCGACGCUGCUGACGACGGCGGUGUAUCUGGAGCGGCUGCGGCUGCUGCUGCCCCGCGACGCCACCGGCAUCCCGUCGACCGCGCACCGCAUCUUUCUGGCGUGUCUGAUUCUCAGCGCCAAGUUCCACAACGACUCGUCGCCGCUCAACAAGCACUGGACCAAGUACACGGACGGGCUCUUCACCACGCAGGACGUCAACCUCAUGGAGCGCCAGCUGCUGCGGCUCUUCGACUGGAACGUGCGCGUGGGCCACCGCGACCUCUGUCGCGACCUCGCGCCGCUGCUCGCGCCCAUCAAGCUGGACUUGACGCGCUGCGCGCGCAUGCACGCGCGCAGCCCCCUUCCCCGGCGCGCCCUCUGCAGCCCCGCCCACAGCCUCAGCGCCUCGUCCAGCACGAGCACGCUCGUGAGCACCGGCCGCAGCAGUGCGCUGCAUAAGCCCCGGCCGGCCGCGGCCCUGCAGGCGCCCGCGCCCCUCUACAGCAUACCAGGGCAUAUCCUCUGA